ACUCAGCCUCAAGCAAAGUUCGAAAUUAACUUCAAAAAAAGCAUAGCAUCUGCUUCCAAUCGGGUCAUACGAUAUCCUACCAACAGUCAUCAUACUUGAAUAUCCCGCUCUUGACUGACUCACGAAUUCAGAAGGAACAUGGCCGACCCAGAGUUAGAGGCAAUUCGACAGAAACGAUUGGCAGACCUCGCGAGUCGAGACGAUGGCGCAGCCAGUAGUGUACCCUCCUCAGUCAUGUCGAAACUAGGCGGCCAGCCGGCAGGAAGCGGCGAGGAAGAAGCAAAGAAGGCAGAAAACGAAGAGAUUCGAAGAACAGCAGUAAGUCAAAUAAUCGAUAACGAUGCUCGCGAACGAUUAUCGCGUAUUGCGUUGGUCCGACCCCAACGGGCCCGUCAGAUUGAAGACAUGCUCAUCAGGAUGGCACAGUCUGGUCAACUGCGAGGGAGGGUGACAGAGGAACAAUUGAUCAGUGUUUUGGACCAACUGGAGCGUGCCGAAAGUGACUCGACUGCCUCAGUCAAUCAACCCAAGAAGAUCACGUAUGUGCGAAAAGAUGCGUUUGAUGAUGAUGAUUGGGAUUUGUAAAGCUAGUCAUCGUCGGUUCAUUCAAGGCCUCAUUAUACCACAAGACGGGAAGGGUUUCUGUUUUGUUUUUCCUUCUUGUAGAUCAAUCAUCCAGUCUCAGUCAACCUCUGAAAUAUAUAGCACCAAAAAACUCGAUCAGUAUGUUCCAAAUCCCAGAAAAAGAAAAAAGAAAACUCCAUCAUCCAAAGGUCAUUCCACCCAAGACAAA